AUGUCCAUAAACAUUUGCAGAGACAACAAUGAUCCCUUUUACCGUUACAAGAUGCCUCCAAUCCAGGCCAAAGUUGAAGGCCGUGGUAACGGUAUCAAGACGGCUGUGUUGAACGUUUCUGACGUGGCUCAUGCGUUAAACAGACCUACUCCUUACAUUAUCAAGUACUUUGGGUUUGAACUGGGUGCUCAGACAAGUAUAUCGGUGGAUAAGGAUCGUUAUUUGGUAAAUGGUGCUCACGAACCCGCCAAACUUCAAGAUGUGCUUGACGGGUUUAUUAACAAAUUCGUACUGUGUGGCAGCUGUAAGAACCCAGAAACUGAAAUCGUAAUUACGAAAAAUGGUUUCCUUGUCAGGGACUGUAAAGCGUGUGGUAAGAGGACCGAGAUGGAUCUUCGUCACAAACUGUCGUCUUUCAUUCUGAAAAACCCUCCAGAGUCUAUGGAAGACUCCAAAAAGAAGAAGAAAUCUGCUACUGCGUCUGCUAACGUGCGUGGUGGUGGUGUUUCGAUUAGUGACAUCGCACAGGGUAAAUCUCAAUCUUCCGCUGCUCAAUCCAAAGCCGACGUGGACUCUGACGAUGACGAACUUGCACGUCAAAUCGCGGCUGCCGCGUCCACUCUAGAGAGCAUCGAGGUAAACAACGAUGACUGGGCCGUAGACAUGUCGGAAGAGGCCAUCAGAGCGCGCGCCAAAGAGCUCAGCGCUGCCAACGGCGACCUUGAUGAAGGUCUUUCCAAGUUGGACGAGUACGGUGAAUGGAUUUUAUCUAGCGAGGAGAUUCCAUCUGACGUGGAACUUUACAAAAAUGCUGCUGAUAUGGAAUUGUUGCAAGAACCCAAAUUAGCUGCGGUCCUGGCCCAAUCUUUGUUUGACAAAGACAUUGUCGAAGAAAUUGCUGACCACACUGCGUUCUUCAAGAAACUUUUCAUUGACGAGGAAUUUGAAAGAAACUUCCUUGGUGGUCUAGAAAGAUUCUUGGGUCUUCAGCACAAAGAGUUGAUCCCUUCUCUACCCAAAAUUUUGGUUCAACUAUACAACAACGACAUCAUAUCCGAGGAAGAGAUCAUAAGGUUCAGUACCAAGAGCUCUAAGAAAUUCGUUCCAAAGGACGUUUCUAAAAAAGUUCGCAGAGCUGCUAAGCCCUUCGUGACUUGGUUGCAGACGGCAGAAUCGGAAGAUGAAGAUGAAACUGACUAA